GCGCGGAAUUCGAUAUUUUCGCGUACGGUCUCGCCCCAGCGUCUUCCCCGUUAUAAAAUUUGUCGUAUUUGAAGACACUGCCCGUGAGAUACGCGGAACAUCUAGCCAUUAUAUUAUUACAGUUUGGACGAGCUGGGGACCACAAUGAAGCAAGACAUGCCGGUCGCUCGCCGCCAGUCGGACCGGCAGCAGUAUCGAUUUCUCUUAUCCGGCUUUCCAGAUCAUGAGAAAAUGACCUUGGCUGACAGCAUCUCCAGACUUGGUGGGAGAUACCUGGACUCAAAGAUGUUCGUGCCUGAAUGCACCCAUGUUGUCAGCGUGCGACCAAUGAGAAGCGAGAAAUACUUGUGUGGCUGUGCGGCAGGUAAGUGGAUCGUUACCCCUGAGUAUAUCAAGGCAAGCUUGGCGGCCGGCCAGUGGUUGGAAGAGGAACCUUACAUCUGGGGCAACGACAAGCUGGCAGACAGUGACGAGCCCUUCUCAUCAAUGGCCUGGGCCCCCAAGCGAUGGCGCACUCACAUCCAGCAGACCAACCGAUGGGCGUUCUCGGGAUGGACCGUCAUCAUCCUGGUGACAAGCAACAACAACAGGCCGGCUGUGUACAAAAGGUUGAUUGAGUGUGGUGGGGGCGUGGUCUUAUCCCAGAGGCUGCCCAUCAAAGAACCGGACAAUCUUGCCAAAUUGCUGACCUAUGCUUUUGUGGACAAGUGUUUUGAGGAGAAAGUGCGCCCCCUACGGGAGAGAAGAGUCCCAUGCUUGGCCCCAGAAUUUAUUGCCGAAUUUUUGUUUGAGGAGGCACCAAAUCAGGAGAAGUUUGACAUUGCAGUCUACAAGCCUGAGGCAAAGAAGAAGUCCUCGUCAGAAAACGGUACGUCGAGGGGAGCAGACAUCGCCAGAUCGUCACAAGCAGCAUCAGCUGUCAAGACCUCGAAAAAAGGCAAGAACCAAAGGUCGCAGAAAGUGCCCCUGAGCCAGGUGUCUUCAUCUUCGGAAUCGCUGGUGUUUACCGGGUCGUCUCAGCUGAGCCAGCACCAGAGCCAGUCCUCUCAAUCAGCAGGUAGUCCGUCGGUGGCCAUUGCGAGGCGCCAGUCGACGGUGACCAAGUCACCCCUGACCCAGUUGACACUGACCCAGGCCGGUCUGACUAAGACAAACCGGACCUCUGCAAGUACGGCGCCUUCUCCGGGGAGUACGCCGUGGACCUGGGUGGACGCUAAAGUCAAUGCAAACGCGGCCGUCAAGAGGAAGCUGAAGUUUACAUCCAGCCAGGUGCAGCAGACGGUAGCCGAACUGAAGAGGAAGCACGCAGAAGGCCACUACUCCCGCGUGCCCUACUGGAUGCAAGUGCAGACUCCAAAAUAUCAGGAUGAAAGUGUGGUUGGCAGGCCUUUCCCAGAAGUAGUGAGCAGCCUCAUGGUGGCUUACUUUGAGGAGGACUUCUGGCUGAAGGGGGUGCACAGCGUCCACGCCCACCUGUCGGCCAAGAGGUACCCGCCCUCCUCUCUGAUGCACAUCAUCAUGAGCAAGAUUCUGGAGUCCACGGACGCUGCCUUCAAGAACCAUGCCGUCCACGUCCUGAAGGCUGUGCUGUGCAUCCACCGGCCCGUGACCCCUGAGAUGUCAGGCGUCUACUUGCAGUCAUUCAUGCCUGCCACCGACGGCUCGUUCGGGCUGGAGAGCGACGACCCGAUUGACACGCCAUGGGAUUUCAUUGGCAGUGUCAUCAGGAGAUCUCUGCAGAGGUCGGGAAGCGACGCGAAUGACGAUGCUGAUCUACCUGCCUCCCACUCAGCUGCCUUGAGGAACAGUGCCGAGAUGCUGUUGGGCUACAUAGUGGCUUUACUAGAGCAAGAUUACCAGGCCUUCACAUACAGGGAAGAGAAUACCUCCCACAAGCGCAAGCCUCGUCGCUGCAUGUUGUCUGGCAUCCUAUGGCCCAACCACCGCAUCAAGGCGUUCUCCCCCCUCGUCAGGCAGUUGAUCACCUUCUUGCUUCGAGGUGUGGCAGUGGUGGAAGAGACGCCGGAUAUGUACCCCUGCCUGAGGAUGAUUGUGACAUUGGUUGAGAUAGCCGCUGAGUGUUGCAGGAUAUUUACGAGGGACAGCGACAUUCUGGGAACCCUGCAGUGUGGUGCCCAUCAAGACUUAGCUGUGGAGAUUGCUUCCAUGGCGAUGCAAGACGGACUUGCAGACAGAACAGAGUCACUGAACAUCCUGCUGUCCCUGCUGCGACCUGAUUGGCUGAAGCUGAAGGUGACGGAAAGCCUGUUCAGCGUCUACAACGACAGCUUGGUGCUAGAUGAGAACCGAAGUGUUGCCGGCAAGCCCUUGUCACUCAAAAAAGUGGUCAACUACUACUUUUAUCUCAUACCCCCAACGGCAAAGCGCACGCUCUCCAAUGUGACACCGGAUGAUGAGGAAGACGUCACAACAAACCCCAGGAAGAAGAAGCGGCAGGACAAAUCCACCGCUGUCCCCCUGAAGACCCUCGCGAUAAGCAAUAACAUUGGUAAGAAUCGGCAACUCUCCAAUGAGAAAGCAGCGAUGACCAACGGCAAAGUGAACCGCAGGAACAUGAGAGGAGAGACCCCACUGCACAUGGCUUGCAUCAAGAAUGACCCGGCCAAAGUCCGAGAGCUGUUGGCCUGUUCGACCAUCCAGGUCAACAUGAAGGACUAUGCCGGGUGGACGGCACUCCACGAAGCGGCCAAUCACGGACACCUGGACUGCGUCAAGGAACUGCUCAAGUACAGGCCCAAGCAGAAAAUCACGGCUUACUUUGCGUCAGGUAAUCACAAGAAAUAUCAGGACUCCUUGGACCUUGUAGCAGCUCCUGCCGAGUGUGGGACCACGCCCCUGCAUGAUGCCGUUAACAAUGGUCACAGGGAGGUAGCCAGACUGCUAGUACAGGCUGGGGGCAAAGCAGUCUUGAUGGCAAGGAACAAGGCUGGACUGACGCCACUGGACAUUGCCGAGGAUGAGCCAAUGAAGCGUGCCUUGGAACCUUCCGGUACGGAUGGCAUUAAAAAUUCUGAAGGCCAGACACACGAUCAAGCCCGGCCACGUACUCCCUCCAAACGUCAGUGCAAGGACUUGCCGAACCCCUCACCGACAGAGGAGGUGUAUGUCCAGGUUCUGGGUACCAUGCAAAACCCUAAGGUGUACGUAACGGCGGAGAAGUGUGAGCAGUACUGCGUGCUAGUCUGCCACCUUCUGCAGGCGUGCCUGCGGACCCACAAGCUGGUGGCCAUCAAAGCUGGUCUGGAUCACCGCUGUCGCUUGACUGACGGCUCCGAUGGCACGACUCGGCAGUUUCAGUAUGAGAUGACCGCGCAGCCUUCUCCUGGAAAACCGCAUGAUGUAAGCUCACAGUCACUAUGUUCUCGGGACCCAUCUGAGUCGGGGUGCCUGCUGAUGGACGACCUGACGGAGAUGAGUAACCUUGAAAGUCACCUGGCCGGCUUCGUUCACCACCUCGGCCGCAUCGGUCCGUGGGUUGGAACCCAACGCAGCAACGUCUGUGAAAAAGUUAUUUAUGACAUGAAAGUUUUGGUUGAGACAUGUCUGUAAUUAUGUAUUGUACCCUUGCUUCUUCUCACAAGAAGGAAACUUGUGAACCAGUCUAAAGAAUGAUGACUGAGUCACAUGUCCCCACAGCUGCAACAAGGAAACGGCAUUUUAAAACUACUUGAUGAAAAUAAAGGUACUGAGGACUACUGAGGACUACUAAAUUCAAGUAAUCCACUCUCAUCCGUCACAUCUAGAUCUCCAGUGCUUAGGUAUUAGUAGUAGUUCAUUGGAAAAGUACAUGUACACUCUUUGGCAAAAUCAGGAAGAUAAACGGUGACAUAAGGAAGACCAACAUUGCAGACAGUGAACGACUUUUUGUGCUGGAUGAACCAAUGUAAAAAAGAAAAGCUGGAAUAACGUCUUAAGGAGCCCUGAAUAAACUACCUAAAAGAUGUAUUUUUGGUGCAGAUGUUAGUAUCCACUGUUAACUAUAUUGUUAUAUAAAUCAAUAAAAACUGCUAAGAAUAUAGAUAAUCUCUGCAUUCAAACAAUAGAUACUUUUUAAAAUUGAAAUUAUGACUGGGGCCUACUAUUUUAAGUAUAAUGAACAUUGAAAUUUGGUUUGGACAUGUUUUUCUGGAAGAAUAUAUUGAUUUUAUUGUAUAAAUCAAGUUUUUUGUUUUAUUUAUAUUUUCCAAUCAUGUCUUUCUGUGGUCAUUAUGGAAUUUGUGCUACCGUUGUUUUGGACAAAUGUUUUACCUGAUGUAAAUUGUCAGUAUUUUUAUCCUCUUUUGGUAAAGUCAAAUACCAAGCAGUGAUUAUAAUGUGGCUUAUUAGAUAGUGCAUCUGAUCUUUGGAGUUGUUCAGAAAGAGGUUUUGUGUCAUGCUAUAUCUCGGAAGGGUCCUCUAACAAAAUGAAAACAGUUUCACACUAUAAGUAGUUCUUGCCCCACAGAAAAAGAGUGCUGCAAUGAAAACAAGAUACGGUUGUAGCAAAUAAACAUGUUUUAUUCUUUAAAAAAACUGCGAGUUAAUUUAUUUUGCCUUCCAUUUUUAAGCGCCUUGAAACCUUAAUGCGAAAUUUAACCGAAAUUGCACAUACGAGUAUUCAGUGAGUUAUGUGCCGUGUGAUUUUUAUUAUGACUUUAUAUUUUCAUUGUAUUAUAGAGCAUUGUGAUGUUGCACCAUAAUUUGGAUUGGCCGAUGUAGAGAAGUGCUUGAAGGAAAAAUGGACACGUGUAUUUUUACCUUGAGUGUAACAGAAUCACCAGUCUUGUGGAUUACGGUGAAACCAUCACGCUAUGUCACUAAUUUGAAGGUCCACAUACUUUGCAGGCAUGCAGCUUUUCGUCGGAUCGGCCGAUUUCCUCAUUUUUCAUUUCACACUGAGGCCAUUGAAAAUUGAAAGACACUAAAAAGUCUUGUAAAGAUUGGAAUUCCCUCAUGAUUUGUUGAAGUCUAAGUCGCGUGCCUGACUUUGAAGCUGCCCUAAUGAAAGCUGACAUUUUGAAUUCAUCAUUUACAUGUUUGUUGAUCAUAAAUAAGGUGGAAGAAUUCAAAUCAACAGAAUGCAUUCAUGCAUCGUACAAGUACAACCGAUACAAACAAAAUUCAGCACAUAUGCAGGGUACACACAUAGAGGCAUAUAACAUGUACUGAUUGUGUUUGUUGGUUUUUGGUGGAUCGGCUUGGAUGAGGCACUGUUUCAGAAUACAGCUGCAUUGGACAAACAGCUGUAUUAAAGCUGUGUUACAUUUCAAGGUUUGGAUAGCUUUGUGCACAAACAUGAACAGACGUACCCAGUUAAAUUACUUCACUUUUGCACAUAGUGAGUUAGGCUAAAACAGAGAACCUGGCCCUGUUUUCACUUAGCUGCAGUGUGCUGUAUUUUAAGAGCAGAAAUAUGCUUAGUACAUUUACAUACUUAGCAAAAUUUAUCUGGGAGCCAAUCACAAGCAGUAUGUAUGUUACGUGUACAUGUAUAUGCAUUCCGAGUUGGUAAUUUAGCUGUUUCUGUCAGGCUCUGCUUUCUGUACGGUAUUCAUCUUCUCUGUGCUUAAGCAGUCCAUGCAAUUUACCCUUGAAUAAAGUCUAGCCCUUAACUUUUUGUUUUAGCUUUGUUUAGCUAUUUUUGAAUAAAA